AUGACCGUGCCCGAACCCCCGAUUGCACUAACGGGGCAUUGCUCCGUCAUCUCCGGUAACACGCUGUAUGCCUAUUCCUCCACAGGCUUCUUAUCAAUUCCGCUCAAAGUCAAUGGGACAUGGAUUCCAUUGAAUGGCGGAGUCUCUGUCUCCAAUGCCGUCUGCUUGAAAGGCGGGAUAGACGGCAGCCAGGACGACGACGAAGCGUUGUAUGUGGUCGGCGGGACCGCCACCAACUCUAACGACACCUAUUCCGGGCUGCAAAGGUUUUCUUUCAAGGAUCAGAAAUGGCAAACUCUUGGGUCUGCGCCAACGGUCGUGACGGAUUGGACGGGCCAUGGUGCCGCAUUCGUCGCGUCUAAUUCCUCAAUCAUUGUUUAUGCCGGUAAUCAGGGUGACAAGUCGGGUAUUUCUUGCUCGUCCUACCGGAUCUCAACAGCACCACCUUAUGUCAUAACCUCCGAGCUCGACCAUGGAGCUCCCUGCUUGAGUAGCCCCCAACUGCUCCCUUGGAAUUCGUCCCACGUGGGCAUGUUUGGUGGGGACGAAAACAACUUGGCCGUCUACACCUACAGCAUCUCCACAGGAUGGGCAAACUCACCUGUGAGCCUUCGGUCCGGCCUUUCACCUUCUACUCCGCUGGCCCUCUUCUCCGGAUCGGGAGACAGCAAGGUGCUGGAAUAUUUCAACAUGGAUGCUUCCCCGAACUCUGUGGUUAAUUACGAGCUUAUCAGCUCCGAUGGGAAGUCGGAGAGCCCUGCCGUGGCGGUUGGCUCGGCGUCGAAGAAACGGAGUACAGGCGAAUAUCCCACCUACAACGACACGCUUGCUCCCAGCAACAAGUGGUCGGAUUACGCUCUAGCCCAGGGAAGUAAUGGUAUGGUUGUUCUCUCGAGUGGCCAGAGCCAAAAUGCGCUCGUCAUAUUCAACCAAACCUCCAACAGCUGGGUCAACUCGACAGAACUCUUCCAAGGCAAAAGUGAACAGCACGUUCUGACGGCGACUACCACCACAUCGACUACCAUGACCCCGACAGCCACGCCGACUACUUCGGCUUCGACCUCGGCCAGCGCGACCCCCAGCUCUACUACCACCGCCGCUGCUGCUGCUGGCGGUAGUUCCCACACUGACUCCAAGGUCAUCAUUGGCGCUACCCUGGGCAGUGCAUGCGGUGUUGCCCUAAUUCUGCUUCUGAUCUUGUGGCUGCUUAAACGCGAAAGAAUAAAGAGAGAGCAGAAUGGCCAGGCCCGCGGCGGUGACAACAAGGACCGACUGAGUUUCCAGGACCAGGGCAUAGAACCCCUGGCCAACCGCGCCUACCCCAUGGCCAAGAGCCCCGUUCCCUUCGCCUCGAUGUCGGUCGACUCGCUAGCGAUCAUGUCCGGCAAGUACUCCGGGGAGAAAGCUCUCAUGCCUCCCUCCUCCAACCUUGGAUAUGGCCUGUCGGCGGCGCCCCGCCAUAGUAAACCACUCUCUCCCAUUCCAUCCAGUGGCCUCGCCCCAUCCAGCAUGUAUUCUGAAGACGCCUACCGCAACAGCGACCCCGCGCCCUCCGAACUGGGCCACAAGCCCGGUGACCGCACCACCGACGAAGGCUGGGGCAAAUACUUCCAAGAUAACAGGGCGUCGAACCUCGCCGGAAUGCCAUCCGAUCGUUCAACCACAAGCUCCGUCUACACGAAAUCCGACUAUCGCGGCAGCGCCUGGCCUAUGUCAAAUCUGGCCCCGUUAAACUUGGGCUUCCUCGACCAGCCCAAGCCGUUGGGCCGCGUGAACAGCGGUAGCCCGACGACCGAGCACGCAUCUUCGGACCGCAGACUCGCCAUCCCCGAGAGCCAAAGCGCACGGAUAUCCAGCGCCGACUCGAUUAGCAUUGCCAGUGACGACGACCCGCACGACACGAAUUGGACCGGCGCACACCAGUCCAGCUGGCUCGGUCGCCCCCCCAGUAGCAACUACAGCACGAGCUUCUAUGACAGCAGCACGCGGGAUCCGCCGGGUUUGAAUUCGCAGUUGCCGCGGCACUCGAACGGCCGCCGCUCGAGUGUUGUGAUCCCGAGCGAUAUCGAUGAGUUGCCGACGCCGGGGCGGAGCAAUAACGUCAACUCCGAUAUGAGUUGGCUUAAUCUCCAGGCGGAGCGGUAA